UUGGCGCGAGCUGGAGCAUCCGCGUCCCUGGUGCCAUGGAGCAGUUGGUCGGCCCUGCGGGGAAAGGCCGCUCCGGCUGGACCUCCGCCCUCUUGGAGCUGAACCCCACGAGGAGCGGCGGUUCCUUCUCGCUGGAGCUGUGGCGGUUCUGGGAACAAUUCCAGGAGCCCAUCUCCUUGAGCACGGGGACCUUUGAGACGAAGGCGAGGCGCUCGGUCUGCCGGGAGGAUGUUCGGGUGGCCUUGUCUGGGCACUACAAGCUCACUGAGGUGCCCGCGGUGCGCCUGGCCGGGUUCUGCGAAGCGGGGCUGAACCAGGCGUUUGCCCUGGCGACAGGGCUCACCGUCAGCGGGCUGCCCACUUGGUGGUCCGAGGACGGCCAAUACUUCAUGUACUACGCUGAGCAAUACCAGCACUGGAAGGUGAACGGACUGCGGGCCGUUGGGGGAGAUGGCUUGGCAGCGGUGGGGCCUGGCAAGAAGCGCGCCGGCUGCGGCUUCGCGCACUCGGGUCAGGCCGAUGGCCGCAGCCCGGCCGGGCUGCUGCAGGCCGCCGGCUGGUUCGAGGUGGACGAUGGGGAGUGGCUGUCUGUGACGCCCUCCACAUUCUCUUCACGGGCCUGGUCCUUCCGCUUCCAAGCCGAGAAGGGUAGCACCGAGGAGAGCGCGGCGCUCGGAGAUGUGCGCGCGGCCUCCAGCGGCAGCGGCUCGGCGGCCUUUUGCGGCCUGCGGCACAGCAAGGCGCUCUUGCUCUUUCUCCCGCCGAAGCCUGGAUCCGAGGCUGCGCAGGACUGCCUGAUCGCCCAGGAUGGCGCGACAGCCCUGGAUGACCAGCUGAUGAAGGAGACAGGGGAGCCCGAAGUGAUGACGCUGCAACCGCCGAAGUCCAAGCUCUGAGUUGCUCCGGCGGAUGCCUCGACCCGGGAAAAUUCAGGGGCCCCCACGCGUCCCUCGGUAAACA